AUGUUUGCUUUUAUGAACUCAAUUUCGUUUAUCCGUGCUUCUCUUCGCACUGGAUCUCGCGCUACCCGCUCUUUGACUACGAGCUCUGUGGCUCCUUCGUUGCCGGCUGUCUUACGCCUCCAAACUGGUGAGGUGUUUGAGGGCCGCUCGUUUGGAGCGCCUCGAUCUGUAUUUGGUGAGACUGUGUUUACGACAUCAAUUACAUCCUACCCUGAAUCUCUGACAGACCCUUCGUACACGGGUCAGUUACUGGCGUUCACGCAGCCCAUGAUCGGCAAUUAUGGUGUGCCGGACAAUCGCAUGAAAGGCUCUGCGCGUGAGCAUCCCCUGGAUGUGGAUGUUGGCUGCUUUCUCGAAUCUACGGGUGUCCAGGCGGCUGGCGUAAUUGUCAGUGAGCUGUGUGAGCGGUUCUCCCACUUUCAAGCGUACGAGUCCCUGGCUAGUUGGUGCGCUCGGUACCAAGUGCCGGGGAUCCAAGGUGUGGACACUCGUGCCCUUACGACGAUUCUGCGGAACCAAGGCUCUACUCUAGGAACCAUCCUAGUCGGUGAAGAUGCCAAGCGCAUCCCUACUGCAUCCGAGUUUGUGGAUCCCAAUGCUGAGAACCUGGUGAAACGUGUGUCGACAAAGGUUCCUUACACUCUUGAGCCUGUGGGUGGCGCAGCUGCGUCGCGUGCUCAUGUUGCUCUUUUGGACUUUGGCUGCAAAGCGAACAUUCUGCGUUCUCUUUUGCGUCAAAGAGUCACAGUGACUGUGUUGCCUUGGAACACCGACUUUAACUCGAUACGCGACCAAUUUGAUGGUCUUUUCCUCAGCAAUGGCCCUGGCAGUCCGAACAAGGUUCCCGAGGCAGUGGCAAAUGUGAAGCGCGUGAUUGACGAGUGGGACCGCCCCAUCUUUGGUAUCUGCAUGGGUCACCAAGUCAUUGGUUUGGCUGCAGGUCUGCGCGCCUACCGGAUGAAGUUUGGCAACCGUGGCCACAACCAGCCUGUCCUAGCCCUUGGCAGCGGGAAUAUGCGCGUGGAGCCUGGUCGUGUGUAUAUUACGUCCCAGAACCAUGGCUAUGCUCUUGCCUUUGAGGAGUCGGGUCCGGAUGCUUGGCCAGAAGGUUGGGCGCCCUGGUUUGUCAAUGCGAAUGACUGGAGCAUUGAGGGAAUUGUUCGUACGGGCGACUUCGAUGGCCGUGCGCCUGUUUGGGGUGUUCAGUUCCACCCCGAGCAUGCUGGUGGCCCAGAAGAUACCAACCCGCUGUUUGAGGACUACGUCGAGCAAGUGGUGCAAUACAAGUCUGCGCGAAGCCCCUCGCUUGCGGCACAGGCCACUCGCAGUCCUAGUGCGAUGGCCACAGCUCAUUUAUAG